AUGAGCGCCAAGAAACCAAAGUCCGCGCACUGGGGAAUCGUUGUUACGGAUGCCGCUGGCAACUGCACCCUUCACUAUGCUUCAAACCGCGACGGUCCUUGGCAUUACGAGGCGAAAUAUGGCGACCCAUACCGCUUCACACAACUUAUUACCCUCAUAUUAUUAUCGGACAUCAAGAAUCAUGAUAUCUUAGAGCGUGUCAUAAAGAGUAUUCCGGCAAAUGGCACCCCCUCCGGAAGAACUGCAGAAGCUUUCAAUUGUCGCACCUGGUUCAAAGAUGCGCUUGUUGCACUAGACGAAAGUGGAGCGAUUGUGUUACCGGCAGAUAUAGAAUCAGUAGAGCAAAAGGCUAUCAAAUGUGGACUCGAGUAUGCUGAGUUGAGUGAGGGCGGUGGCGGGGCGACUAUCGAUAAUGAUGCCUUCGAACCGCGUCAAGGGUGA